AUGAAUAGAACUGAACUCACUCUGGAUUUGGGGCCUGUAAAGGCGACGAGAGUGCGAUGCGGGUCUGCCUGGAUAGCAACGAUUUGCUCAGAAUCCAAGCAGCAACUGACGAGUUCCUCCUCCCGAACUGCAGUCUACGACGAGUUGUGGCAACAGCCACAACACCGGGGGGCGUGUGUUAGCAGCUCGCGCCCAGCCCGUGAUAUUAAUGCUCCUAGAACAAGAAGCCAAGCCUCGGAUUCAUCAGCUACUGGGUCUAUAGCUGAUGAGGGACGGCAGACCCGGGCUGAGGAUGGGAAUGGCCGCACCUCACUUCAGCCUUUAGGCGAGCGGCCAAUUGGACAAAUUGGAGAUGGCUUGGGGCCUCUAAAUGAGGCUCCCGUCGCUCCAAAUCGAUUAGGGAGACGCAUGAAGUGGACAAGAGAAAUGAAUAUCUCAAUCAUGCAUGCCUACUACAGAAGCACCAAAGUAGAGACAGAGAAAGAAGGCUACAGACAAAGAAUGUGUGCGGAAUGGAAACAAAUCUACCCAGAGAGCAAUCUGGAUGAACAAAGGGUAUGUAGCCAAUUGAACUCUAUUCAGAGGCGCAGAGUACUAUCAGAAGCAGAGCUGCACCAGUUAAAGCAGGAAAUAUUGAUACAGCUUGAAAUUGUGCCAGAUGUUUUGGACAUUGAGCCUCAGGGUGAAGAACAGCUUGAAGAGAGAGAAGCCACAGAGCAGGAAAUAGGCGAGGCAGUCGAUGAAAGAGUUAUUAUGUUUACUGAGAUUGAGGACGAGGAUAAUGAGCUUCAAAUGCUCAGAGAUCUGCACAUCGAAAAUAAGUUGUUGUAUACAGGCAUCGACGUACAGGACAGGCCACAUAUACCACGAGCAUACUGUAACUUGAAGUUCCACCAAAUGUGUACAAGGAUGGACCACUUACUCAGUGAGGAAGUUUAUACAUCAUUGGAGGAACUGGUGUCAGGUGUGCAGAUUGGGGCACUUACUGUGUGCAUGUCACUGGGUCUCAAAGUAAGAAAGAGACAAACAAGGUCUGAAACACAGCAAAAAAGAGCUAAAAACGAAGAAUCUCACCCUCCUUGGAGAAGAAGGAUCGAAGAGAAAAUUAAAAAAGCAAGGAAGGUGAUAAGUCACAUUGCUGAGUUUCUGACUGAUGGGAGAGGAUGUGGAAAGAAAACACUGUCUGGUGUGAAGAGCAUAGCGUGGCGAAUGGGGCUCAGGAUGAAAGAUAAAUUUUUCCUACAAAAACUCAGAGAGGAGGAUGAGCACUUGAGACAGAGGAUAGCAGCCCUGGGUUCGAGGAUUAGGAGGUAUAAUGAGGCAGCAAAAAGAAGGAAAGAUGAAACUGAUUUUGCUACCAGGCAGAGAGAUUUGUAUAGGCAGUUGGAGGGAGACAAAGGGUCAACACAGCAGCAUUUCCCAGAUAAAAAGUCAAUGGAAGAGUUCUGGGGUGGAAUAUGGUCAGUACCAAAGCAGCAUAGCCAAUCUUAUUGGCUGCAGGACGAGAAUGUUGCCCUCCAAGAUGUGCCAAGAAUGGCAGAAGUAGUGAUCACUGCUGCUGAUGUAAAAAAGGCCAUCAGCAAGACUCAAAAUUGGAAAGCCCCUGGAAUAGAUGGUAUCCACAAUGUGUGGUGGAAGUACCUACCCAGUACACAUCCUGUACUGGCAAAUCUGUUCCAGGAAGCAAUUCAACAACCAGAUGUACUCAAAGAUAGUUUCUCAAUGGGAAUAACAUACAUGCUGCCAAAGAAGAAAGACUCACUUGAUCCAAAGGACUAUCGCCCAAUCACCUGCCUGCCAACAAUAUACAAGUUGCUUACAUCAGUCCUGACUGCAAACAUCCAUGAGCAUCUAGCAAAUAAUGAACUAUUAGCACCUGAACAGAAUGGCUGUCGCAAGGGGUCUCAGGGAUGUAAAGAGUUGCUUUUGAUUGAUGGCAUAAUCUCCCAGCAAGUACGGAAGAGAUCCCACAAUGUAUCUGUAGGUUGGGUGGACUAUAGGAAAGCUUUUGACUCAGUCCCUCACUCAUGGCUGAGGCAUGUGCUGGACCUGUAUAAAGUGAGCCCAGGAAUUGUGAACUUCUUGUCUGGUGUGAUGACUCAGUGGACGACCACACUACAGGUGGGAUGGGGUAGUGAAUCAUACAGAACACAAGGUAUCCCAAUCAGGCGAGGCAUAUUCCAGGGGGACAGUUUGAGCCCCCUGUGGUUCUGUAUGGCUCUAAACCCAUUGAGUAGAAUGCUCCGUGACUCAGGCUAUGGGUAUGUGCUUAAAAGAAAUCCUCAGGUGAAGGUAUCACAUUCCUUAUAUAUGGAUGACCUGAAGGUUUAUGCUGCCAACCAAGACCAGUUGAAAAAUAUGCUCCAGCUUGUUAAGAACUUCAGUGAUUCAAUAUGUAUGGAAUUCGGUUUGGAAAAGUGUAAAGUGCUGCAUGUGAAACGAGGCCAAAUAUCAGGGGAGGGUGAUGGAGCUAUACAGUUGACUGAGGAAGUGCUUAUUCAGAGUUUAGGCAGGCCACAUGAAUGCAAGUAUUUGGGUCUUGCUCAGCUCUUAUGCAGAGCUGAUACUGUCAUAAGAAGAGAAUUUCAAAGGAAGACUGUGCAAAGACUUGAGAAGGUAUGCAGAACAGGGCUUAGCUCUAGGAAUAAAAUAUCUGCUAUAAAUACCUGGGCAGUCCCUGUGGCCAUGUAUACAUUUGGCAUAGUCAAGUGGACAGAUACAGCUUUGCAGGAGUUUGACAGAAAGGUAAGAACAACUUUGACAAAGAAUAGACUCCAUCACCCCCGUAGCUCAAUCCAGAGGCUCUACCUGCCUAGAGGUGUUGGUGGAAGAGGCCUCUUGAGUCUGGAGACUAUGUGUCGUCAACAGGAAGACAGACUGCGGAAAUACUUCCAGAAUGCAAACAGUGGUCUGCUAAAGGCCGUUUGUCUGGUAGACAGGGAGUACAGCCCAUUGCAGCUGGCACAUGGAGUCCAACAGCUAACAGCCAGCACAGUAGAAGAGAGGCUGGAAGCGUGGAAGCAGAAAGAGCUGCAUGGAAGAUUUGCUGCAGCACUUCAUUCUGAUUGUGUUGACAGAAAAGAAUCAAUUGAAUGGUUGCAGACUAGUGGAAUAUUCGGUGAGACUGAAGGUUUCAUGUUUGCCAUUCAGGACCAGGUAAUCAGCACUAGAGCUUACAAAAGAUAUGUGAUGGGACUCACAGUGGAUAGUAGCUGUCGGCUCUGCAGGAAAGCCAUAGAAUCGAUACAGCAUAUUUGUGGUGGCUGCUCUGUACUAGCUAAUACAGAGUAUUUGCAACGGCACAACGAUGUGGCCAAAGUGGUUCAUCAGGCAAUGGCGAAAAGAUAUGAGUUGAUAGCGAGUGAGGUGCCCUAUUACAAGUGUAAGCCAGAAAUGGUCUUGAAUGGUGAGAAGGGAAGACUUCUUUGGGAUUGUUGUAAGACAACUGACAGAGCAGUGGAGGCUAACAGGCCAGACAUCGUCUUGUUUGACAGAAAGAAUAAAGAGGCUUACAUAAUUGAUGUGGCAGUGCCCCUUGAUGAGAAUCUUGUGAGUACCAUUGCCGAAAAGAAAAGAAAAUACCAGCCCCUGUCAGUUGAACUGAAAGAUAUGUAUAAAUUAAGGAAGGUGGUGAUAAUCCCUAUAGUAGUGUCUGCCAAUGGACUGGUCACAAAAGAAUGGAGACAAGCAAUGGAACAACUGCAGUUGGAGAACUGGCAUAUGAGAAUUAUGCAGAAAGCAGCAGUCCUUGGUACAACUAAUAUUUACUCUAGACGUAACACUGUUGAGAUCUACGGAGUUCCAUCGGUAGCUGAUGAGGAUGUUGCUGAAGUUGUUCUUCAGGUGUGUAAAACACUGAAUAUGGACGUCAACAAGGACUCUAUUGAUGCGUGUCAUCGUCUCCGAAAAAGAGAGAAUCGACCAACUGCAGGAAUCGCGGUCCGUUUUGUGCGCAGGAGCGAUGUUGAAACCCUUCUUCAGAGAAGAAAAAUGAAAGGUGAUCUGAACACUCAACAUAUGGGCUUCAUCGGUGACGCUAAGCCGGUGUAUAUUAACAGGGUACAGAGGAAUAUCAAGGGUGAGUCGAAGGAGUUCUGGAAGUUUGUGAAUAGUAAGCGUGAGGCUAAGGGGAUCUGUCAGAGAAUGGAGCUCGGUGAUAGGGCCUUUGUGGGAUCUGAACUGCCCGAUGGUUUUGCUGAGUACUUCAAGUCGGUUUAUACUCCAAUUACUUGCACCUUUAGUGAUAACGUGAAUCAGAUUAGUUAG